UAAUCAAUGAACGAGCUCGGGGAAAAGCGCACUUCCUCCUCUCUCCUCGAGGAAGAAAAGGGGCAGGUGCAGACACCAUUGGGCUUUCGAAACUGCGCCUCGAUCGCGACACGCCUUUAGGACACAUAUAUAUAUUUUUAUAUACUGGCUACAAUUAUACUGGUUCUUCUUUAAUCCACAUUCACAAGUCUUUAUCCUAUCUCUUUUAACGUCUCUCCGUUGAAGAUUGUUUUUCAAAACUGUCUUUUGAGUUUAGGAUCUUGUCUAGUGCGAGCUACUGAAGGACGACAGCGAUUCAGCCGGACAGAAACAUUAAAAUCUCAUCGAUCAUCGUAAAUACAUUCAGUUUCUUCACAGCUCUACAACAGCAUGUGGAACAUGUUGAUCUUUGUGUUUUUAUUAGUCAUUCACGGUGUGUCUGCUACAGAGACGGAUGAUGAAUCGGAGUCAGUGACUGUGAUGGAGGGAGAUUCAGUCACCCUACACACUAACCUUUCUGAACUACUGAACGAUGAUACAAUACUGUGGAUGUUCGGACCUAAAGACUAUCUCAUAUCUCAAAUAAAGAGAAAGCAUGACUUGACCACAUUUUUUGUCACCAAUGAUGCUGGAAUCGGUGGCAGAUUGCAGGUGGAUCAAAAGACAGGAUCUCUCACCAUCACAAACACCAGAAUCAGACACUCGGGACAGUAUAAACUCACCAUCUCUAGAGAAAAGACUACGACGAAGACAUUUGAUGUGACUAUCAUGGGUGUGGUUGGUGAGAUGGAUGGAGUGAAAUCAGUGUCAGUAUCAGUGACAGAAGGAGAUCCUAUCACUCUACGUAUCGAUGCUGAAACACACAAAGAUGCUCUGAUGCUGUGGAGGUUUGGAGAUAAAGGAAUCCUCCUCGCUAAAAUCGAUAGUGAAACAGGUGAAACCUCAUUGAACAAUGCUGACGAGAGAUUCAGAGAUCAACUGCAGCUGAAUCAGAACGGAUCUCUGACUAUCAAGAAGAGCAGAAGUGAACACGCUGGACUCUAUGAGCUCCAGAUCAGAGGCCGUGAGGGCUCACAGCGAUUCCUUCUUUCGGUCAAUGAUCCAGGUCUUUCUUCCGGUGCUAUAGCAGGAAUCAUUUUUGGUGUUUUAGUUCCUGUUUUGCUGCUUGUGGCUGCAGCUUUGGUCGUGAAUCACUAUCGCCACAGGAUCUCUACAUUAAAAAAGCAAGUGGGUGAAGCUGUGCCAGCUGAAGAGAAAGAAGAGACUGUGAAGGAGGGAGAUUCUCUAACUCUACGCACUGGCCUCACUGAAAUAAAUGCUAAUGAAACGAUAGAGUGGUGCUAUGAAGAAGACAACAAUCGCAUUGCUGAAAUCACUGGAGGGAGCAGAAGGACAUCUACAUUUGCGGGUGCUGAUGGGAGAUUCUGGAGCAAACUGACGCUGGAUGAAAGAACUGGAGAUCUCACCAUCAGUAACAUCAGAACCAUUCACUCUGGACUCUAUAAACUAAACAUCAGCGGGAGCACUAUGAAAACCAAACACAAGAGAUUCAUUCUUUCUGUCAAAGUGGAGUCGAUGUCAGUGAAGGAGGGAGCGUCUGCUCUUCUCCAGACUUCUGCUGCGGUUCAGAAGGAUGAUCUCAUAGUGUGGACGUCUGGAGCUCAAAACCGUCUCGUUGUUAAACGGGAUUCAGGAAAGGUGACAUAUGGUAAGCAAUUCAGAGACCGACUGAAUCUGAACCCGAAGACUGGAUCGCUGACCAUCACGAACAUCAGAUUCACAGACUCUGGACAUUUUAAACUGCAAAUCAUCAACAGCGAACAGACCACAUUCAAAAGAUUCGAUGUGACUGUCACUGACGCCACAGCUGAAGGAGUGAAUGAACAGAUGACUGUAGUAACGGCGCUGUUACAGUAUCAAUUCUAGGUGGCCACCCCAGAUCUGCUAGUUGGUCAAGUUCGUCAGCACAAGAAAGGAGAAAUGCUGUCAAUCAAUGAUGACAGCUGAUCAACUGAUUAAGGGCCAGUUUUACAUUUUUUACUAACACAGUAACGGUCGUACGGAGACAGAGAGCUGAUUUCUGCUCAGCGGACGUUUGGCCAUGCAGGUCAGGUGACCCGUGAGAUGAGCGCGCGCUGCACCUACUGCUGCUGGUCCGUGAAACACAGGAGGACGGUCACACAGAGUAGCAACGACAAAAGUGCUGGAAUCAGUCGAUUGAGAUGUAUGGUAAAUCAAUGUUUAGUUAGUUCUCUCUGAAUGUGUAGGAAAAAUGUAUCUAGCACUAAGUAGCAGCUUAAAGUCGAACUACACUGCACUGGCUAGUUUAGUAGCCUGCAAACUAAGUUAAA